UUUUUAAUUAAAAUUCUUUUUCUUUCAUGAAAUCAGAACAAAUAGUGGUAUAUCCUAAUAUUGCAGACAACGUAAUGCAAAAAAUACUUUUGCCUGUCUUGCCUGAAGAAAUGCGUGAUCAAUAUGCACGGCCAGAUACCAUUCGCAUGUACAUUCCACCUGAAUUAGAUGAAGAGAGCGAUGAAGACAAGAAACGAGAACACCAACGCACACUGAUUAAACAAAAAUAUAGACAUAAGCGAAUAGAACGCGUUGUAAAAAAGUUUAAAAAUGCAACAGGACAAGUGAAAUAUACAGUGUUAUGGGAAAAUAAUCCUGUAGAAGAGGUAGUGCCUUCUAAAGCAUUGCAAGAUCAUGAAGACUGGGAUCUUGUUGAACAUUUUGAAUAUCAACAGGCUAUUCGACAUUCGAUGCAUGGUGAUCAUGCUUAAUCCUUUCUCUUUGGAAAUUUUGAUCUUUUUUUUUUUUUUU